CCCUCCCCCUCCGCCGCCGGCUCCAGAUCUGAUUCCUGAUCCCCGAUUGCUUGGUCCUUGGUCCCGCCAUGGGAGCCUGAGCACCCUGCAGUCCCCCGGCCCCCUGCCCCCGGGGCCUCGAGGGGGAAAGAGGCGAGUGGUCUGGGACGGAGCCGGGGUGAGCGACCUCAGGAGCCCCCCUCGACAACCCCCAUCGGCCGCACUGCCCGUCCUGGAGCGCGGAGUUCGGAGCGACCCGGUGCGCUGCGGAUACAAAGGCGCGGAGCGGAGCGGGGCGUGCGCCUAGUCCACCCGGCUGUUCGCAGCGGCGGGGAUCGUCGCUUGAAUUUCUCUGAGAUAAGCCCACUCGUCCAGCAAAAUAGAGUCCCUCAGGGUGACAGUUGACUUCCUAAAGGUGCCUCUUGGCCUGAAGAAGCCCGUGCUGAAGGAGGUGGUUGUGGGGCCCCCCAAGAGGCCCCAGCCCGCGGCCCUGGAGCGCUACAAGGCACGGCGUUCAGACGCCAUGGACACCGAGUCCCAGUACUCGGGCUAUUCUUACAAGUCGGGCCAUUCCCGCAGCUCCCGAAAGCACAGGGACCGCCGGGACCGACACCGCUCUAAGAGCCGGGAUGGAAGCCGUGGAGAUAAAUCAGUGACGAUCCAGGCUCCAGGAGAGCCCCUGCUGGACAAUGAGUCCACGAGGGGAGAUGAACGGGAUGACAACUGGGGAGAAACAACAACUGUAGUCACAGGCACCUCUGAGCACAGCAUCUCCCACGAUGACCUCACACGCAUUGCCAAGGACAUGGAGGACAGUGUCCCGCUGGAUUGUUCACGCCAUUUGGGCGUGGCAGCAGGGGCCACUCUGGCCCUGCUGUCUUUCCUCACCCCGUUGGCUUUCCUGCUUCUGCCUCCACUGCUGUGGCGGGAGGAGCUGGAGCCGUGUGGGACAGCAUGUGAGGGCCUCUUCAUCUCCGUGGCCUUCAAGCUGCUCAUCCUGCUGUUGGGCAGCUGGGCUCUGUUCUUCCGCCGGCCCAAGGCCUCGCUGCCCCGAGUCUUCGUGUUACGUGCCCUGCUCAUGGUGCUCGUCUUUCUGCUUGUUAUCUCCUACUGGCUCUUCUAUGGUGUGCGCAUCUUGGAUGCACGGGAGCGCAGCUACCAGGGUGUGGUUCAGUUUGCUGUUUCGCUGGUGGAUGCCCUACUCUUCGUGCACUACCUGGCCGUAGUUCUGCUGGAGCUGCGCCAGCUCCAGCCCCAGUUCACACUCAAGGUGGUGAGGUCCACAGAUGGGGCCAGCCGCUUCUACAACGUUGGCCAUCUCAGCAUCCAGCGAGUGGCAGUGUGGAUCCUGGAGAAGUAUUACCAUGACUUCCCUGUCUACAACCCCGCCCUCCUCAACCUGCCCAAGUCCGUCCUGGCCAAGAAAGUGUCUGGCUUCAAGGUGUAUUCUCUCGGAGAGGAAAACAGCACCAAUAACUCCACUGGCCAGUCAAGGGCUGUGAUUGCAGCAGCGGCACGGAGGCGGGACAAUAGCCACAAUGAGUACUACUACGAGGAAGCCGAGCAUGAGCGCAGAGUGCGAAAGCGCAGAGCCAGGCUCGUGGUGGCUGUGGAGGAGGCCUUCACUCACAUAAAGCGGCUGCAGGAAGAGGAGCAGAAGAACCCCAGGGAGGUGAUGGAUCCCCGGGAAGCAGCCCAAGCCAUCUUUGCAUCCAUGGCCCGUGCCAUGCAGAAGUACCUUCGGACCACCAAGCAGCAGCCUUACCACACCAUGGAGAGCAUCCUGCAGCACUUGGAGUUCUGCAUCACUCAUGACAUGACGCCCAAGGCCUUCCUGGAGCGAUAUUUGGCAGCUGGACCCACCAUCCAAUACCACAAGGAGCGUUGGCUGGCCAAACAGUGGACAUUGGUGAGCGAGGAGCCUGUGACCAAUGGGCUUAAGGAUGGCAUCGUUUUCCUCUUAAAACGCCAGGACUUCAGCCUGGUGGUGAGCACCAAGAAGGUGCCAUUCUUCAAACUCUCUGAGGAAUUUGUGGAUCCCAAAUCACAUAAGUUCGUCAUGCGGCUGCAGUCGGAGACCUCCGUGUGACUUUGCAGCGUCAGGGGAGGGGACG